CUAAGUUUAGACUUCCACUAUCAGCCUCGCUCACAGUCUCGCAGUCCACCAGCACUACGGCCUCGGAACUUUUACCCUUUGCUCAGGAGGACUAGAUCAGCAUGGCCUCAGCUAAUGACAACAGCACAGAUGGAGACCAAAAGGUUCCAGAUGAGGAUGAAGCUCCUAAAGUCAAAGAUAUCCAGUCCCACUACCUCCGCUCUCCUUCACCAAGCGUUACAAUGUCAGACCGUUUUUCGACCAUCUCUGACCGCUUCUCCACGAUCUCGGAGAGUAUAUUUAUGGAACCCAUUCACCUUUCCUCGGCUGUUGCUGCAAAACAGAUCAUCAAUGAGGAACUGAAACCCAAAGACCUAAAGUUGCCCUCAACCCCAGAGAGCAUGCGGGAGAGAGCAGAGCAGCUAAUGGUGGAGGACCUUUACAACCGUGUUAAAGACAUGAUCGAUGACCGCAGCCCCUAUAACACACCCUGUGUUUUGGACAUCCAAAGGGCUCUAAUUCAGGAUCGCCUGGAAGCUCCGGUGAACCCUGUGGAUGAAGUCUGGCCCAAUAUCUUCAUCGGGGAAAAAUCGGUUGCAGUCAACAAAUCCCGCCUGAAGCGUCUUGGUAUCACUCACAUAUUGAAUGCAGGCCACGGUACUGGUGUCUACACAGGCGAAAGCUUCUACCAGGGAAUGAACAUCACCUAUAUGGGCAUUGAAGUUGAUGACUUCCCUGAUUCAGACAUCUCACCACACUUCCGAACAUGUGCAGAGUUCCUGGAUGAGGCUUUGCUGACACACAGAGGAAAGGUUCUGGUGGACUCUAUGAUGGGAAUAAGCCGCUCAGCUGUAUUAGUUGCUGCUUACUUAAUGAUCUUUCAUAACAUGACAAUCAUGGAGGCAUUGAUGGAAAUCAGAAAGAAGCGUGCAAUAACCCCCAAUGAGGGCUUCGUGAAGCAGCUCCGUGAGCUUAAUGAGACCUUAAUGGAGGAACGAGAUGAAGACGAUGAUGAUAGUCUAAGCCAAUCCUCUGUAAUUGACACUAGGGCUCAUCUUGAUGAGGAGGAAAGCAUGUUAGGUGCUAAGGUCAAUUCCAUCAUGGUAGAAGAGGAGGAGGACAGUGUGAGUGUUAUGAGUAGUAUUGCUUCAUCUGCUGCUGCUGCUGCCCUUAAAGCAGGCAUUCUUGGAGGCACAGUUGAUAAGACAAUGAAGGCAAUGAAUCCUUGUUUGCCUGGGAAAGAUGAAGAAGGUGAAGAUGAUGUAGACAAAAUGAUUCAGGAGUGGCAGAAGCGAAAUGAGAAGUACCAAAGUGAUGAGUGGUGGGAGGCCCAGCUAAUGUUUGAUGAGGAUAACGAUGGGUCUCUUGCAGGGGAGGGAAAUAGGAUGGUUCCACGGCCGGAGGAUCUAGAAAGUGUGACCAGCGAGGAUGUGCAGAUGGUGAAGGAGAGGAUUAAGCGCCGACCUCGCCGGCCCGCCUCAGACUCGAUGUCUACUGCUAGUUGCAGCAGCUAUACUGACCUAUGGAAGGAACGCCUGAGAGAGAUUGAGGAGCAGGCAGCUGCAAGAUACCGUCCCAAGGAACAAGAUGAGGAUGAAAACAGUGAAGCAAGCCAAAAGAAGAUAGAUGAUGAUUUAGAGAGUAUAAUGUCUGACUCAAGCUCUAUGUACAACUUCUGCAAGAAGAACAAAGAAAAACUGACUCCUCUUGAGCGGUGGAAGAUUAAGAGAUUACAGUUUGGUUGGAACAAGAAAGAAAAGAAGGCAGAGGAUAACAGUGGUGAAGAAAAGGAAGGUGAAGAAGAAACCCCUACUCCUUCUUUGGAAGAUGUCAAUUUAACAGCCUAUCAGACUUGGAAGCUAAAGCAACAGAAGAAACAUGGUGGUGAGGAAAAGAAGGAUGAGAUUCUGGAAAUGAGUCGUGGAGAAGAUUCAGCCACAGUGAAGAGGAGACAGCGGAGGGAAGAAAUACUUGAGCGCUCCAGAAAAACACUAGAGGAGAGCCAAACAGUGUGUGGCUGGGAAACUGAAAGCUCCCUCAGUGCUGGUACCAUCCCACUCUCUGCUUUCUGUGCUGGUGCUUUUCCUUCUGCAAGUGUUGUAGGAGAUGAUAACAUGUCCGUAUUAAGUGGCAGAUCAUCUGUUCACUCUGGCCGAAGCACACAUUUCCAACCUACAGUCCCACCAGCUCCACCUGAGCCACCUGUGCCCGUCCUGGGACCCAAUGGGGAACCAAUGGUUAACAUAGCAAACAUCCAAAACUGGAUUGCAAAUGUGGUCAAUGAAACACUUUUGCAAAAGCAAGCAGAAAUGAUGACUGGAGGAAGCCUCCCUCCAUCACGAGCAGGGUCAGUUUUCAGUCUGGGUGCAGGCUCCACAGUGGGACCCAGCCGUGGAGCGGACGAUGAUAAGUCCUCUGUACUAAGUGGAUCAUCAUAUUCUAGUUUAUCUCGCAAUAAGCCAGAAUCUGUGCUUUCAGGUGGAGGUAGAGCUGCAUCUGUCAUUUCUGCUGGAGGUGCAUCCAGGCUCUCCUCUGUUUCUGGAUUAGGAUCCCGUAAGACCAAGAUCACCACCACUAGUGUGCCUCUUUAUAGCUUAUUCCAAGAUCAAGUAAACCUGCACAAGCUUGAUACAAUGGAAAAAGAGAUUCAAUCAGAUAUGAGAGAUAAGAUGGCUUCCUAUGAAAUAAAGAAGAUUACAGAAGACAACAAACGUAGUACAUUGUACAAGAAGAAAAAGCCAAAAGAUGAGGAUGAAGACCAAGAAGAUAAUAGUGGCUUUGGAAAGACCACUGGUGAUUCAUCAGCCCCCAGUGAAAAACCUAAAAGAGAUUAUGGCCGUUCAGGAAUUCUCCACCUUCCAGCCAAUACAAACAACAACUGUACUAUUGAUGAAUGGCUCAAAAACGUAAGACCACCCUCCAGCAAACCAAGUAGUUAUGAUGAGACACCUCGCAUGUCCAGGCCAACAUAUGAAGAACCUCCUGAGCUUUCCGAGUUUGAUUUUCCAAGUCGAAGAAGCUCAGUUGCAGCACUUGUAGAUGACGAGGACUAUGGCUUUGCGUCAAGAUUUUCCUCACGAGAUGAAGUUGACGGUGAAUCUGAUUUAAGCAGGGGUCCCAGUCCAGAAUUCAGCUAUCCCUCUAGAAGGAGGCCCCUUGGAGAAGAGGACACUUGCAAUGGAACAUCAGAGUCUAGUCGUACCAGAACUGGAAGACUCUACACUUCACAUGAAAUAGAAGAAAAGGACAGUUACCAGGAAUACUCAGCAAAACGGAAAUUUACUCAUUCUUCACGAUUUAAUGAAAAUGCGAUGACUACAGGAAGGACUCGAACACGACAAGAAGAUGAAGAAGACGAGGAGGUGUCUGCUUUUAUUAAUCAGAUCAGACAGAGGGCGAGAGCACGUGUGGCAGAGGAGUUAAAUGAUGGUGAUGAGGCUCUUGCUGCAUGGAGGAAACAAGAGGGGUCAAAGUCACUUGCUAAUAGACAAGACUCCUAACCACAUAUUUUGUUCCUUUGCAGAGGGAUUUAUGGGGUGAAUUUCACAGAACUGGACUCUAAUUAAUUACAUUAUACUGCAAAGCUUCUACUUUACCAUGACAAUGGCAUGGAUUAGAAAUGUGUACUUUAAAAAGCAAACCAAGGAACACUGAAGCUUCAUUAAUCUCUCUAAACACUCACUGCCCACUUUAAUAGGACCAUCUAUACCCCUGCUCAUUUGUACAGACAUCCAAUAAGCAGUGGCAGCAGAACAAUGCAUGGACUCAUGCAGAUAAAGGUCAAGAGCUUCAGUUCAUUUUCACAUCAAACAGAAUGGGGAAUUUUUUUCUCUCUCAGUGAUCAGCUGUUUUUGGCCAUUACAAACAGCCAGUAGGCAGUAGGUAUACAAGUGUUCCUAAUAAGGUUGACAGUGAGUGUACAUUCGUUCAUGAAAAUAAUUCCUUUAAAAUGUCUACAGUGGUGUUCACUUUGCUUUUCCCUCCACUGUUUACAAAACAUGAUAUAAUAAAGCAAGAAGUCUGAGCUUCUAAGCAGUUUAUUUAAUUUGCAUCUUGAGCAAUGAAAAUAAUGAAACAUGGUAAGUGCUUGCCUACCCAGCCCAUUAGAAAACACCC